ACCAGGAGUGAGUCCAUGACAUGGCCGGUAUGAGUGGUGAUACAUCUGACUUGAAUGAUGCUGAGGACACUGAGCUAAAGAUAAUGAAGAAGCAUCAGAAAGACUUUCUGGAAGACAUUCAGAAAAUAAAUCAAGAGAUUGCUGAAAUAUUUCUGGAGAUUGAUCAUUUCCAGCAAGCACAAUCAUGCAAACGUAUUCAGAGGGAUAAGAACUUGAGCACUGGACGGAAAAAAUUUAAUAUGGAUCCUGAUAAGGGUAUUCAAUAUCUGGUUGAGCACAAGGUACUCUCCUUGGAUGCACAAGAAGUUGCCAAAUUUCUUUACCAGGGAGAAGGACUCAAUAAAACAGCCAUAGGAGAUUACCUGGGGCAAAGGGAUCCACUGAAUCUCCAGAUACUGCAGGCUUUUGUAGAAUGCCACCAGUUUGCCAAUCUCAAUCUUGUGCAAGCACUACGGCAGUUUCUGUGGAGCUUCCGUUUGCCUGGAGAAGCCCAGAAGAUUGACCGUAUGAUGGAAGCUUUUGCCAAUUGGUAUUGUCACUGCAACCCAGGCAUUUUUCAGUCAACAGAUGCCUGUUACAUCCUUUCAUUCUCGGUUAUCAUGUUGAAUACCAGCCUCCAUAAUCCAAACGUCAAAGAUAAGCCUCCAUUUGAGCGGUUCAUGUCCAUGAACAAAGGCAUCAAUAAUGGAGAAGAUCUUCAAGAAGUACUUCUGAAGAAUUUAUUUGAGAGUAUCAAAAACGAACCCUUUUCCAUCCCAGAGGACGACGGAAAUGAUCUCACCCACACUUUCUUCAACCCUAGUCGGGAAGGCUGGCUCCUCAAGCUAGGAGGCAGAGUGAAGACCUGGAAACGUCGCUGGUUCAUUCUGACAGAUAAUUGCCUGUACUAUUUUGAAUACACCACGGACAAAGAGCCUCUAGGGAUAAUCCCGCUGGAAAACCUAUCAGUUCAACCAGUAGAUGAUCCCAAGAAACCAAAUUGCUUUGAGCUCUUCAAUGCAAACUGCAAAGGGCAGAAGAUCAAAGCUUGCAAGACUGAUGGGGAUGGAAGGGUGGUUGAAGGCAAGCACCAGUCCUAUAAGAUCUCUGCAGCCUCCGAGGAGGACCGUGACCUAUGGAUUGAAGCCAUAAGAACCAGCAUCUCUAGAGAUCCCUUUUAUGACCUAGUUGCUGCUCGUAAGAAAAAAGUUACCAGUAAAAAAUGAACCUUCUGGCUAGCACCAUCUUGUUCAGUGGAUGAUUAACACCAAGAAAAGACUUCCUUGGAGUCUCUAAUGCCAAAAUUCCUCAACCAUUUUUGGGACAGGCAAGCGACUGAAAGGAUGAUCAGUGACCUGUUUCCAUUUCCCAGUGUCAGAGUAUGCAGAAUCAGAAACUGGUACAGGAAUUCUAUCUCAUCUUCGUGUACAGCAAACAAGCAUGAAUUUCUGAGUAAAUGGAGCAGGAUAUAGUUGUGUGCAUGUGCCUAGGUAUGGAUGAUGGAAACCAGGGAAUGGUUUCAACAGUUACAGUACUUUUAUACCUGUAAGACUAGAUUUUUCUACGUUGACACCUGCCUCCUCUGAUUCACUAUCUUUUUUAAAAAAUUUUUUUUAUUUAUAAUACAAUAAGCAGAGGGUUACCAAACUUUAUAAUGCCAAGGGUGACAUGCUAUGCCAGAACGAAGGAAAGAAACUAGUGGCAUAUGAGUUCUAUAAGAAUUUAUAUAAAGACGAUGAAAAGAGAAACAACUACAGUAUGAUAUAGUACAGUAUUUACAAUCAGCUGACUUACCAAAGGUCCCAGAAGAAUUUAAAACUCUGAUUCACUAUCUUGAGGUUUCUUGAAUAAGGAUGCUAUUUGAGAUAAAUUUAUUUGGAAUAAUAGGAUGAAGGACAAAGUGAACUAAUAGACUCAAGGGAUGCUGUGAAACCUGGCCAGAAUAAAUACAUAUUACUGUGUUGCUGAGCUUGGCAAGUGGCUUGUUUGGACCUGGGAAUCAUUGCCAAGUUUAUGGUAAUACUGAAUGUUAGUUUUUUCAGGACAAAACCUUCCAUCCAAAGCAGGCUCUAAACAAUAAUCAAUGCAAUGAGUCAUUAGUUCUUAUGUUCUUUGAGUUGGCUGAUCCAUCAGUGUUAAAACAAUUGAAAAACGUGAUUACAGAUGGAUAUUUGUUUACUUUCCUCUUCCUCUGAAACAUUCAUUAAUCCAGAGGAUCAAAAGCUAGAUUUUUACUAUGGGAGACUUACAGUACAUAGUGAUCUUGGGGAAAUUGUUUACCUCUCCUCUUCGUUUUUCAUCUAUACAAGAAGUUCUGUAAAAUAAUAAAAUUUGUUUAACAUGGUUAUGAAGAAUUGGAUUGUUGUAAGAAUGAUGCCUGCAUGCAAAUGAGUAGUACAAUAUUUUUGUUUAAGUAGAUUAAGUACAGUUACAUGCUAUUAAAAUACACUCCCAUAUGCACACUUACCCAAAAUUUGCGUGUGUUGUUUUCCACACUGAUUCAAACAGAUGGAGAAAUAACUGUUUUUCUUUUCAAAUGAAAAAAAAUGAAAAACAUCUUGUAGUCUUUUACACUUGUGGUUUUGUUUUUAUUUUAUCAACAUAAAACAGAAGCAGGAGGUAUGUUAUAUCUCUCUGUUACUUUUCUUUUUUCUUAUGAAUCCCACUAUACAAUUUGGAAAAAUACCCAAGACUUGUUAGAUGUGAAAAGUCUUAAAUUCACCAAAUAGCAACCCUACUCAAAGAAAGAAAAUUCAGUCAAAGAAAGAAAGUCCAUCUUGCAUGGCCAUAACUUGAUAUUAGAUAGCUUCUAAUUGACAGGUUUGGAAGCUGAUGUCACUCAAGGAUACAGAAUAUGUACUCUUAUUCAGAAUAAGUACUAUAAUGGGCACAAAAAUGAUCCACAUCAAUUUUGAGUCUUUUCCAGCAGUCCUAAAGCAGAUCCUCUGAUCUAAUUCACUGCAAUGAUCCAAUCUGACUUAAAUCCAUGAUCCUAAGUGGAUUCUGAGAAAAGAGAGCUCUAUACAAUUUUGUAUAGAGAUUGUAUAAUAUGUAUAGUUCUAGUAUAUGGAAGAA